CACGCUCGCCUCGUUCGUGUGGCGAGCCCGACGUUCCCACCCACUUGAACCGGAACCGUUUUUGUUUCUUUUUUUUUGCUCGCGAAAGGCAGCCUCGGGGUUUGUUCCUGGUGCUCGCUUGCUUGCUGGGGGAAAGGCUGCAGCGUUGCCAUUCCCUCCUGCCCCUCCUCCUCGGUGUAAGCAGGGGAGCGAAGCCCGUCCCAGCCAGCGGUAGAGGUGGAGGGCGACAGUGGCGGCGAGCAAUGGGGCUGUGGCUUUGCAGCAAAAGCAUAGCCCGGCUUUGCAGCUCUGCAUGCCAGGGCAGAAUAACUGAGCCGCGCGGCAGGGCAAGGCGGCUUGCAUGAGCCUUGGGGCGGAGAAGCAGCCGGGGAGCACGGCGGGCGGGAGGCUCCACUGCUGCUGCUGCUGCCGCUGUCGCCACCGUCGUCUUGUCCGCCAGCGGCGCUUGUCGUUUUCCACGCCGGCGCCGCCGAUGGCUACUCACCGCCACUGGUGACUGCCUCUUCCUCCUCCUCCUCCCCUUCUUUUCCCCCCUCCUCUUUCCCCCCGCCUGGCUGCAGCCUCUCGGCUGGCUGGCCAGUCCCGGCGUCGGCGGCGGCGGCGGCAGUGAAGAUGGGCAACACGACCUCCUGCUGCGUGUCGUCCAGCCCCAAGCUGCGGAGGAAUGCCCAUUCCCGGCUGGAGUCCUACCGCCCCGACACCGAGCUGAGCCGGGAGGACACGGGCUGUAACCUGCAGCACAUCAGCGACAGGGAAAACAUCGACGAUCUGAACAUGGAGUUCAACCCAUCAGAUCACCCGCGGGCCAGCACAAUCUUCCUCAGCAAAUCUCAAACAGAUGUGAGAGAAAAACGGAAGAGUCUCUUUAUAAACCACCAUCCUCCUGGUCAACUGAGAAGGAAAUACAGUUCCUGUUCCACUAUUUUCCUGGAUGACAGCACAGUCAGUCAGCCCAACCUCAAAUAUACAAUUAAAUGUGUAGCUCUUGCAAUAUAUUACCACAUCAAAAACAGGGACACAGAUGGAAGGAUGCUCCUCGAUAUUUUUGAUGAAAACCUCCACCCCCUUUCGAAAUCCGAAGUGCCGCCAGAUUAUGACAAACACGACCCAGAGCAGAAGCAGAUUUACCGCUUCGUGCGGACUUUGUUCAGCGCUGCUCAACUGACUGCCGAAUGUGCCAUUGUCACUCUGGUAUAUCUUGAAAGACUUUUAACUUACGCAGAGAUAGAUAUAUGUCCAGCAAACUGGAAGCGAAUUGUGCUGGGUGCAAUUCUACUGGCAUCAAAAGUUUGGGAUGACCAGGCUGUGUGGAAUGUGGACUACUGUCAGAUCCUGAAAGAUAUCACAGUUGAGGACAUGAAUGAGUUGGAACGCCAGUUUCUUGAGUUGUUGCAGUUCAACAUCAAUGUUCCCUCCAGUGUUUAUGCCAAGUAUUAUUUUGAUUUGCGAUCCCUGGCAGAAGCAAACAACCUGAGCUUUCCAUUGGAGCCCCUCAGCCGGGAUAGGGCCUGUAAACUUGAGGCCAUCUCCCGCUUGUGUGAAGACAAGUAUAAGGACUUCAGGAAAUCAGCCAAGAAACGGUCAGUCAGUUCGGACAAUCUGACUGUAGUUAGGUGGUCGCCGGCUAUUAUCUCCUAACAGUGAAGUCUGGGAUAGUCCUCCAAAAGUACUGUUUCUAUCCUCGACUUUGGGAGGGAGGGUGUGUGUUGUGUUUUUUGUUUUUUGUUUUCCCCCCCUUAUUCUUACUUUUAGAUCUGCCUUUACAGUGCCUCCCCUGUUGUGUAGCACACAAGGAUAAAUAUAUAGGGACAGGAGAGAGACAUCAGUCCAUCGGGAAGAACUUUGGAAGAGAGCCGGUUUGCUUAUUUUACUGCAGAUUUGUCCUUUUUUAACGUGAGAAAAAGGGAAACUCAUACAUAUGCUUGGAAGAACAGAGAGAAACAAGUGGACGCCAUUAAAAAGCAAAAGAUCCUCAGCAGAGACAACAGCAUGGAAAUGAAAAACAAACAACCUCAUGAUCAACUUGGAAGAAGCACUAUGAGAAAGGGGUUGAAAACAUUUCACUUUCUCUUCAAUAUUUUCAUCGGUUUUUCUGGGUUUGGUUUGGUUUCAUUCCUCUUUGCUAUAUGUCCAGGAGUUGCUUUUCCUGCUUCUACAAAGCAGCAAACUUGACAAAGGCGGUAUCUACAAGAGCACAAGCCUCUGAAGCAGACGGCGUUGGUGGUUUUCUUCUCUGUCACCCCCCCCAGCUUUCCUUCAUAAAAGCUGUUUUAUUAGCCUUUUCUCCCCCUUAAUUGUUAUGCAUAUUUUGUUUCUCAUAUGCCUUUAUUGUUUUUUAAAAAAACAAAAUUUUGACUUGAUUUCUAGUGCUGAACCAAAAGUAUACAAGAAGAUCAGGUGAUCGUUUGCAAUCUUUUAUUUUUAAUUUAUAGCAACCGUGUCCGGGAUGCCUGCCCCCAGGCUGCGUCAUGAUUACGGGCUGCUUCAUAGUAUAUGUGGCUGCAUGUGCCUUCCUCUGUUCUUUGGAAUAGUUUAUUUUUCCUUACUAUAAAGUUGUGAUUGUUGGAAGGAUCCAGGUUGACAGUGAAAUUUGGGCCAAGGAGUUGAAAUCUGCACUGGAUGUAGUAGUCCUUUUUUUUUUUUGCAACUUUUUCAUAGCAUUUAGAGAUUUAGUAGAGUUUAAGUGAGAGAGGAAGAGAGAGAGAAUCUCCUUUUGUAAGGCCCAGACAGUUUAUUUCCUUCACUUCCUGGUUCAAUGUUGCAAGCAAUAGCCUCAAGUUUUUUAUAUGUUUACUUUAAAUGGAAACCAAUCUGUUUGUAUAAAAUAGAAAAAUUAAAAAAAAGUUUUUGUUCUAGUGGGAAAGGGUCCAUGGAGGAAGAAGAAAAUCUAUAUUACUUUUACCAAGUGUUUUGUCACAGGUUAGAUUUCAAAAUAAAAAUCCCUUUUAAAAAUGCAUUUUUCACUGUAGGUGCUUAUAGAAAUUUAAACAAAAUGCAAACUGUGAAGAAAUGUUUGUUUCUUUGUUGAUUAUAUUGUACCUUUUUUGUUGUUACUACUGGUUCCCACCUUUCUUUUCCUUCAUGAGAUAAACAAGUUGAAUACCCUUUUUUAUGAACAGUAAAUCAACGGUUAUCUCUGUAAAAACAACCUUUGUGCUCUAUGAAAGUGUCUAUGAAUUAUUUUGCAUAUUUUGAGAAAGAUGUCAUUUUACAAUACAUGAAACAGACAAACCAAAAUCAGUUGUAGUUUCAUGAUCCUUCAAUUCUCUUCUCCUGUACAAGAAACAGUGGAAUAAAUGACCCUCAUUUUUGCUGCAUUGAUCUCGCUCUGUGUGCAUUGGUUGAGCAAAACAUACAAAGCACAUUCCACCAGAUCCACUCCUGUUCCAGUUGUGCUGUUAUCCCCCCCCCCAAUUCAUUUCAUUGGGUGCUUGCACAGGGGAAGUAUUCAUUAGUGUCCUCCUGAGCUACUCCAAUUAGUUUCAGUGUUAGCACUUGCAGGAGACAUGCUCAUACACAUUCCUUUAUCUGAUCUCAUUAACCCUUAAAACCCCAAUUAUGAAUUGUUUACUUGACUGUUUCCAGUAAAACAACUUUUCCAUUAUAAGAGCACAUCCAGACAGUUCUAAUUUUGGGGAGCAGAAGCAUGCUCCUGCCACUUCUGAUUCCUGCAGUCAGAGGCCAGGAACCAAAGAGGAAACAGGUCUGCACACCUGAAAGUUUCUUCUUGAUUUCUCCUGCAAAAGUUCCCAUUGCUAAAGAGGCAAGCUGCUUUUUAAAACUAAACAGCUGCUUGCCUCCUAACCGGUGCGAGCUGCUGCAUCAGAAACAGAGCUUGAUUCUCUCCUGUGAAUACAACUUUCCAUGUUUCUAGCUUGGUUCUACAGUGCCUAAUCAAGAAUGUAGGAAGCUUCUCAAUGUGCCCUAAAUGUGCUUAGCACUUCAGAACAUUAAAGGUCUUUUUUUAAAUCAGAUAACUGUGCCCCCGAUUAUGCUAUUUGCCUUAAAAGGGUAAAGCACUGAUGAGGUUAAACCUGUAUUAUAUGACAUGAAGGUUUUGCUCACCUACAUUUCCUGAUCAGUUUAAUUUUCAUUACUGUUAUUGUUGUGCCAAUAUAUUGAAACUCUGAUUUCGUCAAGUUUUGAGGGUUCUCCCCCUUUUGCAUUUUCCUUUUUCUUGACUAGAUCGUUUUAAAUUUAAAAAUUCUUUAAUGCAAAGGAAAAGAGAGCAGUGAGAAUGAAAAGGGUCAGCUUUUGAUAGAAUUGGGUUACGGCAUCUCUCCCAAAUAUAUAUGUGAUUGUACAGUUAAUUGUUUUAUCAACAGUUUGCAGAACAAUUUGGAGCUGACUUUCUAGCAAAAGCAUUGUUAUGCAGUUUGGAAUGGGUAUAGGUCAGCCUUCAUGAACCCAGUGCUCUCUAGAUGUUUUGGACUAAAACUCCCAUCAUCCCCAACUAGCUGUCCUGGCUGGGGCUGAUGGGAGUUGGAAGUCCCAAACAUCUGGAGGGCACCAGGCUGGGGAAAGCUGGUGUAGGGGAUAGCCAAAAAAGAGAGCAAGGUUUGCAUUAUGUAAAGUUCUCAAUGCAUCUACUAUAAUUUUGUGAAGUUUAUUAAACAACUUUAAAGAUUGUAUAGUCUAUUUAUUGUAAACUUUCAAGUGGAUUCCGUAAAACCUGGCUCAGUCUUGUUUAGACUAUAUUGGAUAUUGUUUUAGCCUUGUGCACUGGAUUCUACCUCUGUAUAGGAGAAUUUUCCAUAUUCUUCAAUUAGUACUGAUUCUGUGAUUUAACUUGGUUAUGUUUCUUGCACUAAAAAUUAAAAAACCAACGAAAUCUGCUGUUAAA